ACACACACAAGAAACCAAUUCACCUCAUUCGCUGAAGAAGGAUGUGGAAAACAUGGGGAAAGAGGAGCUCCAGAAGGUUUUGUUCGAGCAGAUCGACUUACGGAGGAGACUGGAACAGGAAUUCCAGGUGUUGAAAGGAAACGCGUCUUUCCCAGUCUUCAAUAAUUUUCAAGAUCAGAUGAAGCGGGAACUGGCGUACAGAGAAGAAAUGGUACAGCAGCUACAAAUUAUUCCCUAUGCAGCAAGUUUGAUCAGGAAAGAAAAGCUCGGUGCACACCUCAGCAAAAGCUAAAGAGGCACAAGAGUUUUUGCAGCUGUUACCUUAUAAGUUAUAACCCAGUCAGAAACCUGACUUGUAUAUAGACUGUGAAAUGGAAGUGUUUGGGGAUCUAAAUAACAAAAAAAAAAUCAGGUUCCUCUGAACCUAAGGACAAGUGACCUCAUAGUAUCAUGGACAACCAUGUCAAAUAGAAUGUAGCAGCCAUUUAUUAGUAAACACAAAACCACAAAAAAAAAAAUGCCUGUCCUUGAUCUUUUUUUUUUUUUUUUUUUUUUUUUGGUGGUACCAAAGUUUAAGUCUUUGUGUUUUUAGAAGGACUGUUGAAGUUGAUAGAGAAAAUGCUUUUGACGAGUCAUGCAGAUAAGCUGUGAAAGGAACCGCUGGUCCUUUCAGCGCCACAGACACUUGACAACAUCUGCCAGUUCAUCUCUUGCUUUUGGGAUGGUGGUGGUUUUUUGGAAAGAAGUGAACGUCUCACCAGAUGGGCCAGAACCAGAUUUGGGUGGACGGACGGACGGACGGAUGGAUGGAUGGAUAGAGCAGCGUUAGCCAUACACAGUGCUUUUUAAAAGCAAACUGGAGAUUCUCACCCCCCUCUCCCUCGCCCCUUCCCUCCCCUGGUACUUUGCCUGCUGUACGAAUUACGAUUGUACUCCUCUGGAAAUAUUUUACAGUUUAAUAUUGAGUGUAAUUAAGAAUAUAAUCACUGUUAUCAAAAAAGGUAUUUAACUCUGUUGUAGUUUCUUUAUCAUUCAUGUGCAUAAAA